GGAAAAAAAGUAGUAGUAAAAGUAAAGAAACUAAAUAAUUUCUAACAGAGGUCAACUAUAUAUACAUCAUGACUUUAAACUGCUCAACCACUCAUCAUCAUCACAUAAUAUAUCCCCUCUGUUCUAGCGCCUUUCAUCAUCUCUCAUAAGAAUAUAAUAUUAAUAUGGCUAACCCCGUAAUGUCUUUAAUUCUUUUAUUCCUUUCCAUUGUUUCUAUUUUCUUAAGUUCUGUAUCCAUGGCUGACAAUGCGAUAUUCAAUGUUGUACAAAUGGGGGCAAAGCCAAAUGGCAAGACUGAUUCAACAAUGUCUUUCUUAAAUGCUUGGAAAGCAGCUUGUGGCUCUACAAAACCAGCCACUAUUAUUGUACCACUAGGAAGGUAUUUGGUUAAACAAGCACAUUUUAGAGGGAAGUGCAACAACAAAGCCAUAACGUUUAGAAUUGAUGGCACCCUAUUGGCUCCUUCAAAUUAUAAUGUUAUUGGAAAUGCUGGAAAUUAUUGGCUUCUUUUUGAAGGUGUUGAUGGAGUUUCAAUUCGUGGUGGCAAUCUUGAUGGUCGUGGGGCUGCUUUGUGGGCUUGCAAAGCGUCAAGCAACAACCGCCCAAGUGGUGCCACGAAUCUGGCGUUUGUCAACUCAAACAAUGUAGCAAUAACUGGGCUAACUUCAUUGAAUAGUCAAAUGUUUCAUAUUGUCAUCAAUGGUUGCAACAAAGUGAAGGUGCAGGCUGUUAAAGUAUUGGCAUCUGGAAACAGUCCAAAUACCGAUGGCAUUCAUGUUCAGUUAUCAUCUGAGGUCUCCAUAUUGAAAACUAAAAUCCAUACAGGAGAUGAUUGCAUCUCAAUUGGUCCUGGCACCACAAAUUUGUGGAUCCAAGAAAUUGCUUGUGGCCCUGGCCAUGGAAUUAGCAUUGGAAGUUUAGGAAAGGAUUUUAAAGAAGCUGGUGUGCAAAAUGUGACAGUUAAAUCAGUUAUAUUCAAGAACACACAAAAUGGCGUGAGGAUUAAAUCAUUGGGCAGACCUAGUACUGGCUUUGUCAAGAAUAUAAUUUUCCAGCACACUACCAUGAUUAAUGUUCAAAAUCCAAUCGUUAUCGAUCAAAAUUACUGCCCUGAUAAUAUAAAUUGUCCUGGCCAGGUUUCUGGUGUGAAAAUAAGUGAUGUUACGUACGGAGAUAUCCAUGGAAGCUCAGCAACAGAAGUUGCAGUGAAAUUUGAUUGUAGUAAGGGAAAUCCAUGCAAAGGAAUAAAAUUGGAAAAUGUACAUUUGACUUAUAAGAAUCAAUUACCAGCUCAAGCAUCAUGUGAUAAUGUUGCACUAACAACUUCUGGAUUAGUUCAACCUGACAAUUGUUUGUAAGGGAAGACAUCUAAUACAAGAAUGGUCUUUCCCUCUUUCUUCAUUUUCUUUUUACUUCGAGUUAAUUGCUAGAAAUAGAGGGGAACUAAUGAUUUAAUUUAAUUUAAUUGUUCCCUCUAAGUAUUUAGUAAUGAUAAGAGACUUUCAUUUUUAUGGGUUUCAAAAUAGAAAUGCUUUCUUGAGCCUGUGGUGGUAUGACUUGAAUCACCUGGCUUUGCAAUGCAGUGUAUUUCGAAUUCUUUAAAGAUUAAAGUGGAAUGCUCGUAUUUAUGUAUCUUAAA